AUGUCUGAGGAGCAGGAUAAUAUUAUGGAAACUGUUGGAGAUGACAGUGAUGGCAAUGAUGACUAUAUUAAGGUUGUGAUAGAUUCUGACACAGAGUUUACUGAGAAUGGAUCUUCCACGGAUGGCAUGUUGACUAUACAACCAAAUUUUCAAGGCAGCCAUGGUAACUAUCAGCAACCAUACCAAAUGUCAUAUGGAGUUGAAGGUUUAGUAAUGCAGGGUGACCAAGCAGUUUCACAAAUGAACCAUCUAGCAAAUUUCAAAAGAUAUUGUCCCAACUCAGAGGAAGUGGCGUUUAACCCAUUGCACAAAAAAGCACGAUCAUCUUUUCCAGGGGAAGAUAAUAUGGCGAGCAAUGCAUCUGAGGUUUUCUAUGCUGAAAAUCAUCAAAACCGACUUAUGGAAGUGCAACAGUGUUGCGAGGAUUUACGUGAACUUAUUGAAAACACGAAUAGACAGGUGAACCACCUUUAUGGAAUCAUUUCAAAAGGUCAACAUCCUUGGGAGAAACCAUUAUCAUUCAACUGCGGAGAUGGCAGCCCGUCUUUACCAGCGGAAAGACAGGAAAGCUGUGUCCAGACCAGCCCUGAGGGCACAUCGCUUCAGUCAACAGCACUCCCGGAAGUGCAGCAGCUGGGCCUCUGGGAUAGUUCACUUCCCAAAAUCGUCUCUGUACAUUCGUUACAGCCGUUUUACACACCAGGCGGCCCAGUACCUGGUCUCUCUGUCCUCUCCUGCCCUGUGGGUGAAGGUGCUGAAACUACCAACAGUGUUACCUCGUCUGCCCAGCCAACUCUGGCAGUACCUACAGCAGUUCUGCCACAAGGAGAACCCAGUCUGGCCAACAUCCCUGAAAUAAUGAAAUAUGCAAUUUUGCUGGGAAAUAACAGCAUAGGUCCAGACACUGUCUCGUCAUCUCUCGGCAUCCCUCCCAAUUUUGAAAUGCCAGGAAUAGGAGAAACCAGCUUUGAAUCAAUCAACAGCACUGAAUCAAUAUAUUACCCAACUUCAUUGGGAAAUGACAGUGGCCAAGAUACUGCCUCUUCAUCUGACUUCAUCCUUCCCAAUUUUGCAGAAACCAGCCUGGAAAACAACCUUGAGAAAAUGAAUUACCCAACUUUAUUGGGAAAUGACAAUGGCCAGUGUUCUUCCUCUUCAUCUGUCAGUCUCCCACCCGGUUUUGCACCUGAAAAACUCAUACUUAUAGAAAUGCCAGGAAAAGAAGAAACUGGCCUGGAAAACAGCUCUCAGACAGUGUAUUACCCAGCUUUGGUGGGAAGUAUCGGUGGUCCAGAUACUGGCUCUUCAUCUCUCUCCCUGCCACCUGAUUCUGCAGCUGAAAAAAUUAUGCUUAUAGAAAUGCCAGGAAAAGCAGAAACCAGCCUGGAAAACAGCUCUCAAACAGUGUAUUACCCAACUUCACUGGGAAAUGACAGUGGCCCAGAUACUGCUGCUUCAUCUUGCUCCAUCCCACCCAAUUUUGAAAUGUUGGUCAAAGCACAAACUAGCCCAGAAAAGCACACUCCGAUGGUGAAUUACCCACCUUUCUUGGAAAAUGGCUGUGGUCAAGAUACUUCACCAUGUUUCUUCAUCCCUCCCAGUUUUGAAUCCAGCACAGAAAUGAGUUCUGAGACAAUGAAUUAUCCAACUUCAGUGGAAAAUGACAAUGACCGAGAUACUAAUUCAGAAUCUUUCUUCCUCACUCCUGGUUUUGCACUUUUACCUAUAGAAGUAUUGGUAAAAGUAGACAACAACGUGGAAAACAAUACUGCAACAAUGAAUUUCCCAAUUGUAUUGGAAAAUGACAAUAGCCAAGAUUCUUCCUCAUCUGCUCCCUGCCUCCCUUCCAAUUUGGGAUAUCUUGGUGAUCCAAAGAGAAAUGUCAGAAUACUUGAUACUCAUUUGACUAUUGCAAAAAAGAAGAUCAAACCUAAGCAUGCAGCCCGCUACUUGGUUCGCAUUUUGUUCUCCAAGGAAGUUCUGAUUCGCAGCUCUGUAGGUGUCACUUCCCAAGGCCGCCAACCCCUAGAUCCAAACAAAAUAGCUGCAAUGAGAGAAUAUCUGGCAACCAUUUUUCCCAACCAUGAUUUGCGUGAAUGUGGAAAAGACUGGAAAAUCUGUGUUUCCGAUAUCCAUUCUCUGAUCCGCUAUUUGUGUUUUGAAGCCAGAAAAAUGACACGGACUACCAAUACAUCACAAUCUGCAGAUGCAAAUAAUAAAAGGGAUGGCGAGGGAAGUGAAAGCGGUUCUCAGUUAUCUCAGCAAACAGCUGCCUCAGAAACAAGAGAAAAUGGAAAUCCUCAGCAGAACAACAGUGCUCUCCCUGAAGGAAUGAGAGCACCUUCCACUGAUAAUUCUGCGGCAUCUGAUGAAACACUGGGAUAUCUUGGAAAUCCAUGUAGAAAUAUACAGAUGCCACGUUCGGUUCUGAAUAUGGCGAAGGAGAAGUCUCGCCCAGAGCUGUCAGCCAGAUACCUUAUUCGCAGCCUGUUCACCGACGAUGUCCUGAUCAAAAGUAACGUGUAUGGCAGUCAGUCGCGGGGCAUCUGUGCCCUGGACUCCAAUAGGAUCAACGCUCUCCGAGAGUUUCUCCAAGACGUCUACCCGACUUUUGAUCUGUCAGAAACUGGAUUUGAGUGGAAGUUGUGUGUGACGGCUAUCAACAGCUGUAUCCGUAGUCUUAGACACGACUCCAGGAAGUCCGCGUCCAAAUCGCAGCCGCUUCCAGCAACGACCCCUUCAGCAGAGUCCGGGCCAAGAGAUCCUGACUUAGCUGACUGA